AUGUUAAGUGCUAGGAGAUCUAUUGGAGCAAACCGUACCCUUAAUGGUAUUAGAAGGUUAGCUACUCAAGCAAAAUUUUCAUCUCUUGAAGUUCCCCAAGAUUAUGUAUCAAGAACACCACCUUAUGCUAAAUUAAUAGAAAAGUUAAACUUGGUCAAAAAGAUCGUUGAUAAUAAGCCAUUAACAUUAGCGGAAAAGAUAUUAUAUUCUCAUUUGGUUGAUCCAGAAGAGAGUUUAGCGUCAUGCAAAGGCCAGUUAUCUAAUAUCAGAGGUCAAGAAUACUUAAAAUUGAAUCCUGAUAGAGUUGCAAUGCAAGAUGCGUCCGCCCAAAUGGCAUUAUUACAAUUCAUGACAUGCGGUAUGUCGAAAACUGCGGUUCCGGGUUCUAUUCAUUGUGAUCAUUUAAUUGUCGGGAAAGAUGGUGCUGAGGACGAUUUGACUAAAUCCAUCGCUACAAAUAAAGAGGUUUUUGAUUUCUUACAAAGUUGCGGUGAAAAAUAUGGUAUUCAAUUUUGGGGACCAGGUUCGGGUAUUAUUCAUCAAAUUGUUUUAGAAAACUUUUCUGUUCCCGGCUUAAUGAUGUUGGGAACUGAUUCACACACCCCAAAUGCUGGUGGUUUAGGUGCUAUCGCAAUUGGUGUUGGAGGUGCUGAUGCAGUUGAUGCUUUGACUGGUACUCCAUGGGAAUUAAAGGCACCAAAAGUAUUAGGUGUAAAAUUAAGUGGUCACUUAUCUGGCUGGUCAUCGCCAAAGGAUGUUAUCACCCAUUUGGCAGGUGUUUUAACUGUUCGUGGUGGUACUGGAUAUAUUGUGGAAUACUUUGGAGAUGGCGUUGAAAGUUUGUCUUGUACAGGUAUGGCCACCAUUUGUAACAUGGGAGCAGAAAUUGGUGCAACUACUUCGACUUUCCCUUAUCAGGAUGCCCACCGUCGUUAUUUGAUUCAAACAGAUAGAGAACCAAUUUCUAAAGCUGCUGACGUUGCUAAUAAAGAAUUCAACUUCUUGAGAGCAGAUGAAGGUGCUGAAUAUGAUAAAGUAGUUGAAAUUAACUUAUCUGAGUUAGAACCUCAUGUUAAUGGUCCAUUCACUCCAGAUUUAUCAACACCUAUAUCUGAAUUUGGUGAAACCGCGAAAAAGGAAAACUGGCCUUCCACGGUAAGUGCUGGGUUAAUUGGUUCUUGUACAAACUCUUCUUAUCAAGAUAUGUCUCGUGCUGUUUCUCUUAUUAAGCAAGCAGAAGACGCAGGCUUGAAGCCAAAGAUUCCAUUCUUUGUUACUCCUGGUUCAGAACAAAUUAGAGCUACUAUCGAAAGAGAUGGAUUAAUUGAUACUUUCGAGAAAAAUGGUGCGAUUGUGUUAGCUAAUGCAUGUGGUCCUUGUAUUGGUCAAUGGGACAGAACAGAUGUCUCAAAAACUUCUACUGAAUCUAACGCAAUCUUCACUUCUUUUAAUAGAAAUUUCAGAGCAAGAAAUGAUGGUAACAGAAAUACUAUGAACUUUUUAACUUCUCCCGACAUGGUUACUGCUAUGAUUUAUUCAGGAGAUAUGAGUUUUAAUCCAGUUACUGACUCCAUUAAAUUGCCAAAUGGGAAAUCUUUUAGGUUUCAACCUCCUAUUGGUGAGGAAUUACCAGGUAGUGGAUUUAUUAAGGGCCGUAAGGAAUUCUAUCCAGAAGCUGAUCCACAGCCAAAAGCUGAUGUUGAAGUUAACGUUUCACCAGAAUCUGAUAGGUUGCAACUCUUAGAUCCUUUCCAACCUUGGUCAGGUGAUGAGAUGUCUACUAAUGUUUUGCUUAGAGUUGAAGGUAAAUGUACCACUGAUCAUAUCUCUGCUGCUGGUGCUUGGUUGAAAUAUAAAGGUCACUUAGAAAAUAUCUCAUACAAUACUUUAAUUGGUGCAGUUAAUAAAGAUACAGGUGAAGUGAAUAAAGCCUAUGACUUAAAUGGUGAUCAAUAUAGCAUUCCUGAAUUAAUGAUGAAAUGGAAAGAUGAAGACCGUCCAUGGGUUGUUGUUGCCGAACAUAACUACGGUGAAGGUUCUGCAAGAGAACACGCUGCAUUAUCACCAAGGUUUUUGGGCGGUUCGAUCAUUUUAGUUAAAUCAUUUGCUAGAAUUCAUGAAACAAACUUGAAGAAACAAGGUAUGUUACCUUUAACUUUUGCUGAUGAAGCUGAUUAUGAUAAAAUUUCUCCAUGUGACUUAUUAACCACGGUUGAUUUAAAGGAUAUGAUUGCUAAGGAUGGUAAUAACGGAGGAGUUUUAAGAAUGAAGGUGACUAAAAAGGAUGGUACUGAAUUUGAAAUCUUGUGUAAGCAUACUAUGUCUAAAGAUCAAAUUGAAUUUUUCAAAGCGGGUUCUGCUAUUAAUCACAUCGGUAAUUUAAAAAGAGAACAAGAAGCAUCGAUCUAA